GUGGUGGCUGUGGUGGAACAAGACCACUGUAGUUCUGGCCGAUAUUUGGUGGUGGUGAACCCUGGUAGUUCUGGUUCACGUACGGUUAUGCUGGUGGUCUCUUAUAAGAGAUGUUGUUACUACAUUGCACACAACUGUCAGAGCAAAUCGACUUACCUUCAUAGUCUUUGUUCUUAACAUCCAAGUAUGAGUCAGAAAGAACCCAUCUAACAUUGGGCUAAUCUGGAUUUCACAUAAAAUCUUGAGAAUUCCCAUUUGUCUGCAUUGUAGUAACGUCCUUCAAAUUUGUAGUUAAAUUUUUUUUUUUUUUGACAUCAAUUUGUAGUUAAAUUUAAAAUUGAUCAAUUUGUAACUCAAAUGUAAGCUUAACCCCAUUAAAUUGAAAAGAUUAAAAAAAGGUUUUAUUUUUCACCAACUGCAAGUUAUAUCAGUAACGAAUUAUUGGGUUUUGCAUAAAUAAAUGAAUAGUAUGGGUGUCAAAUUGGAAAACGAAAUCCUGUGCUAUGUUGUAUCUUUUACAUAAACAUUCAAAUUAUUGAGGUUAUCAGUUAUAUACUGGGAACCCUCUAAAUGAGACAGAGGUUUUCCAAAACGCGUAAUGAAAUUUGUAGGUACACAACCAACCAAACUGAGUCUCUCUCUUUUAAAGAAGUUUAUAAAAUAAAAGAAUGAAAUUAGAUAAAACAAGUUCACCAACAAGAAAACGUUUUACAGUCAAGUUUUCUGCUCACCCGUAUUUGAGAAUCUUCACAAGAAACCAAUCUCUUUACGCCCUUUUUUCUUGUUAAUUCUUGUUAAACAAGAAACCAAUCUCUUUUAACUAAUUAUUUUCUUGUACCUCUUCACAAUUUCAAAUCCCAAUUUAAGAAAAAGACAAAAUGUUUAUAAUUUUAUAAGAUAUUUAAAAUACAAAAGAAAGUACAUUUCAUCCACUUAAGAAUUUAUCUGACUAUAUCAAAAUAUUCUUAUAAGAAACAAAUACUUUACUAUAUAGUUUAGGCUUGGAAUAAUAAAUAUCUUUGAUUUUCUUUCGUCUCAGUCAAUGCUUUCCAGUUUUUCAUGGAAGGCAACAAGAGAGCGCUGUUAAAGUCUCAAGCUUUCAAAAUGUUUGAAUACUACUAAAGUGAGGUUCCUUAAAGUUUGGUGUGUUAGUUCAUCUUCUCUACCAUUUAUUCUUCACUUAAUCUCAUACUCUUUGCUAACUUUUGUUUGAUUUCUCUUAUCUCCCAAAACUUAAUGCUCUCUUUCUCCCUCUUUCUUUCUUAGAUGGAGUUACCGGUGAAAGCUCCCGUUUCCGGUUGUCGGAAAAUCUCUUACAAACUAGAAACCAAGAAUCUAUCGUAUAGAUUAUAUGGAAACACUUCAAAAUUUUCAAAUUUAUGUGGCUUGUUGAAUGAAAAGGAAGAAAAGGUUAUCUUGAAGGAUGUUUCUUGUGACGCAAGGUCCGGGGAGAUCACUGCCAUCGCGGGUCCUAGUGGAGCUGGGAAGACAACGUUACUAGAGAUACUAGCUGGAAAAGUUUCUCAAGGGAAAGUCUCAGGGCAAGUGCUUGUCAAUGGAAGGCCUAUGAAUGGUCCUGAGUACAGGAGGGUUUCAGGGUUUGUACCACAAGAAGAUGCUCUGUUUCCAUUUCUUACGGUGCAAGAAACACUGACGUACAGCGCACUCCUGAGGCUGAAGACGAACAGGAAAGAGGCGAAGGCCAAGGUGAAGAAGCUGAUGGAAGAGCUCGGUCUUGAACAUGUGGCGGAUUCGAGGAUAGGGGAAGGAUCAAGAUCUGGGAUCUCUGGAGGUGAGAGAAGAAGGGUUUCUAUUGGAGUUGAGCUUGUUCAUGACCCUAAUGUUAUAUUGAUUGAUGAGCCAACCUCUGGUUUGGACUCAGCUUCUGCUCUUCAAGUUGUGAUGCUUCUCAAAGAUAUGACAAUCAAACAAGGUAAAACCAUUGUCCUGACGAUUCACCAGCCCGGUUUUCGUAUUCUCGAGCAGAUAAACCGGAUAGUGUUGCUCUCUAGUGGACUGGUUGUUCAGAACGGAUCGGUUAAUAGUCUUUAUCAGAAGAUCAAGUUCUUUGGUCACCAGAUUCCUCGCCGUGUGAAUGUCUUGGAGUACGCUAUUGACAUUGCAGGGAGCCUUGAACCGGUCUUGACGCAGAGCUGCAGAGAGAUCUCGUGUUACGGUCAUGGCAAAACAUGGAAGAGUAAUAAUGCAGGAAGAGAGUUUCAUCAACCUGACUCUCACAGCAACUCGGUGUUAGAGGAGGUGCAGAUACUUGGGCAAAGAUCUUGCAAGAACAUCUUCAGAACCAAACAGCUGUUCACAACCAGAGCUUUACAAGCCUCCAUAGCCGGUCUAAUACUCGGUUCCAUUUACCUGAACGUUGGGAAUCAAAAGCAAGAAGGGAGAGUCUUGCGAACAGGGUUUUUCGCCUUUACCCUCACUUUCCUACUCUCUUCCACAACAGAGGGACUUCCAAUAUUCUUGCAAGACAGGAGAAUCCUUAUGAGAGAGACAUCAAGAAGGGCUUACAGAGUUUUGUCUUAUGUUUUAGCAGAUACCCUCAUCUUCAUCCCCUUCCUGUUGAUCAUAAGCAUGCUCUUCGCUACACCGGUUUACUGGCUGGUCGGUCUCAGAAGAGAGCUAGAUGGGUUCCUCUACUUCUCGUUGGUGAUCUGGAUCGUUCUUCUCAUGUCAAACUCCUUUGUUGCGUGUUUCAGUGCUCUUGUCCCAAACUUCAUCAUGGGGACAUCAGUGAUCUCAGGUCUCAUGGGAUCUUUCUUCCUCUUCUCUGGCUAUUUCAUCGCAAAGGACAGGAUCCCGGUUUACUGGGAGUUCAUGCAUUAUCUCAGCCUCUUCAAGUAUCCAUUCGAGUGCCUGAUGAUCAACGAGUAUAGAGGAGACGUGUUCUUGAAGGAACAAGACCUGGAGGAGUCUCAGAAAUGGAGCAAUCUUGGAAUCAUGGCAAGUUUCAUCGUUGGGUACAGAGUCCUUGGAUUCUUCAUCUUGUGGUAUAGAUGUUACAAAACAAAACGCUAGGUUAAUAACAUCAUUUCUGCAGCUAUAUAAUUCAAUUUGUUUCAAUUUGUUUUGUGAUUUAAAUAUAACAGAGUAACCUCUUUUAUUUAUAAAGACAUAUUAUUAAGCA